AUGCCGGCCUGUGGGCUCAUCAUCACCACACGCCGGGCUGGCUGUCACCACGAAUCUCCCGAGAGCACCCGAGAGCGCCCGAGAGCACCCACCUUUGCCGAGACCGGCCUACGGCCGGUCGGGGCACACGGCCUACGGCCGGUUGCCCUAACUGUCCCGCCUUACGCGAUUGAACGCGUGGAAGUCCUACUCAUCGUCUCUGCCGCGCGGUCGUACUAUCAAGUUGAUAGUAUCAACUCGUCGCCGUGUCCGAAUUCGUUUGCUGGACAAGACGGCACGUGCAGCACCGUUAUGCCUGGAAUGGGUGAACUUACAGAGUCCUCUGAGCGCUGUGCUGCGGCGGAUUUGGAAUCAGUACUGGAGCGGCCGGAAAACCAAUGCUGUGCAGGUGCUAUCGAACGAUUCAUUAGGGACAAAUACGUGAGACUGAAAUAUGUUCCCAGAAUCCUUCCUGUUCCACCAUGUGACUUGGUAGCCGAGGGUAGAAACGCCGAUGUUUACAGACGCUAUGCAAAGCAUGCACUGUCUAUCGUUCAUACCCAGAGAAAUCCAAACCCAUGCGAAGCAACAGCAAUAGCAAAACCCCCAGCUCGAAUCCCGGGGCCGAAGCCUGCAGGUUGUUCCCGUCGCAAGAAACGCCUGGUCCAGAGAUUUUGGGACCUUUGCCGUACUCGAAAUGCUCGUGUCGAUCUGACCGAGAUUGAUGUACUGCAGAAUAUGUCUCCAUCGGCCUCAUGUGAGGUAAUCAAACGAUGGACAUUACUCAUUCAGAAUGGGAACCAGCGCUAUCCACUGUAUGGGUUAUGGCUCCGACAGAGCCAGGCUAAUAGUGUUAUUGCUCUUGCGCGGUCACUCGGUCAUCAUGAGUGGUUAGAGCGCCACGACCGUAUGUGUCCCUCAUCGAAGGAGGAAGGUAUCAUAACUGAACAUGCGGCGUUGGACGGCCUCACGUGGAGCGAGGUUAAAUCCUUGAGCAUGAAUUGA